AUGGUUGUCCUCCAGUUCUGGAUAUGGCCACCCAGACUUGACUUCGCUCUUGUUUUCCAUGAAUUGACAAAGAAUAGCGUAGAUUCAGUGAGCAUCAACAUUCAGCCCUAUCGCAAAUAUUCUACCAAUGGAGAUGAGCGUCAGUUUCGGGAUUUCAUGUCUGCUGAUUGGGCUUGGGACCAGGCAGACAUCAUUACUGGAGACCCAGAGACACUUGGCUUGAUGUUCGUGCCCAUCAUCCUCAGCAGUGAUAAAACGACGGUUUCAGUUGCCACCGGAAAUAAUGAAUAUUAUCCACUCUAUUUAUCCAUAGGAAAUGUACACAACAAUGUUCGAUGUGCAUAUCAAGAUGCAGUAGCUAUCAUUGGGUUCCUUGCAAUUCCCAAAACAACGAAGGAGUAUGCUGAAGAUUCGAAGUUUCGUGCAUUCAGAUGCCAGUUGUUUCAUUCAUCGCUCUCCCGCAUACUCGAAACCCUUAGGCCAGGGAUGACAAAGCCAGAAGUUGCGAAGUUCAGAGAUGGGCAUUUUCAGCGGGUGAUUUAUGGCUUGGGGCCUUACAUAGCGGAUUACAAGGAGCAAGUGCUCCUUGCGUGUAUAGUGAGUCGCUGGUGUCCGAGAUGCUGUGGACAUCAUAAAGACCUUGACGCAGAUGCACUCCUUCGAUGCCGUGACCACACUGAAGCCCUCGUCGACACUGGCACGUAUACACAGCUCUGGUUUGAGUUUGGAAUAAUCAGCAAUCUCGUUCCAUUCACAAACAACUUCCCACGAGCUGACAUUUACCACCUGAUUGCCCCCGACCUUUUGCAUCAAGUUAUUAAGGGUGCCUUCAAGGACCAUCUCGUGGCCUGGGUGGAGUUAUAUAUCAUGAAGAUGCAUGGAAAACGCGACAGCCUCCGCAUCUUAGAUGACAUUGACCACAGAAUAGCGGCUGUUGCCUCAUUUGCAGGCCUGCGCCGCUUCCCGCAAGGGCGGGGCUUCAAGCAGUGGACAGGGGACGACUCGAAAGCCCUCAUGAAGGUUUACUUGGCUGCAAUCGAGGGCCAUGUACCACAGGAUAUUGUUCGUGCGUUCCGCGCAUUUCUAGAAUUUUGCUACCUUAGCACUCUGGAGGAGAUUAAAGAUGCCCUCUCCCGUUAUCAUCACUACCGCACAAUUUUUACAGAGUCUGGCACAAUUCCCACCUUCUCAUUACCAUGCCAACAUUCCCUUGUCCACUACGCCUAUCUUAUUCAGCGAUUCGGUGCUCCCAACGGACUCUGCUCGUCUAUCACCGAGAGCAAACAUAUUAAGGCCAUCAAAGAGCCAUGGAGGCGUUCAAGCAAAUACAAAGCACUUGGUCAAAUGUUAGUUACUAAUCAGCGUCUCGAUAAGCUGGCUGCUGCGCGUGUUGACUUCACCAAUCGCGGGAUGUUGGACAAUACUUGUCUUGCAGCAGAACUCGAAGCUCUUGAAAGAAAAUGCGCUUGCGAUGUAUUGGCGCUAGCCGAAGAAUUGGAACUUCCCCGUUUUCCUGAUUUGAUUCGCUGGUUUCUUUUUGAGCAGAUGCACAGGCCAGACGAUGACCAAGAUCCAGUGGAAAUUCCCCUCACUGGCUGUCCUAGGUUUGCAGGGAAAAUCUCCGUCUUUAACUCUGCAUCUUCAAGGUUCUACGCACCAAGCGACAUUAUCGAACAUAUCUGUGUGUGCCCUUUGUGGCGGAACGAAGCUCCACGCAACGACUGCAUUUUCGUCAACAUGGGAUCCAGUACAGAAGGCAUCCGAGGACUCGAAGUCGCAAGGGUCCGCGCCAUCUUUUCAUUCAAAUAUAGUGGUGAAAUUUUUCCAUGCGCCAUCGUGCGCUGGUUUGACGUCAUUGGAGACUCACCUGAUGAAGAUACUGGGAUGUGGAUGGUUCAUCCAGCAUACAGUGCUAACCGCACACCUUUACAUAGUAUCAUACACGUGGACAUGAUCUACCGUGCUGCUCACCUCAUCCCCAUCUACGGCAGGCGUUUUCUUCCUCCAAACGUCAAUCUACAUGUUUCUUAUGACUCUUUUCGGGCUUACGAUGUCAACAAAUUUGUUGACCAUCAUGCGUUUGAAAUUGCUUCAUAA